CUUUCUAAUGUCUAUAGAUGUUAUUAGAUGAAGAAUGUCCAGAAUACAAUUUAUAUACAAAAGAUGAGAGAGAGGAGUUCAUAUUUCGUAUUUUUCGAAUGCUUGUUCUUGGAGGAGUACUUUGUCAACAUGAAGAUACAUUAGAUCCAUAUUUGGAUGCUACUAAAGCUAUUUACAAAGAUUUAAUAAGAGUGGAAAAACAAAAUAACACAGAUCUAUCUGUUAACACAUUAGUUUUAGAAGUAGUAGCUAAAGAUGGCAGAGAUCAAGCAUAUUUUCCAUGUAAUCCUUUUCACAUACAAAAUAUUGGAUUCGUAUUAGUGUACAAUAAUACUCGGGAAAUUACAACAUUCUUACAUCAAUAUGGAGAAUAUUGUUUGUCUGGGAAAAUAUAAAAUCACUAAAAAUAUGAUGUAUUAGAAGAGAUUGGUUUGUCAAUAAAAUUAAUAUAUUGUACAAACAUUGAAA